CAGAGACGUGAGACAUAAUAAAAAGGGCAGCACUAGUGGGUUUGCAGCAAAUAUCUAUAAAAGCUAUCUCUAUUUUUCUGUUUUUACAUUUUAAUAUUCGAAAGGACUCAACUUGAAGUAAAGCAGACAUGUCUACAGCACAAUACAAUGAGGGGAAUGUGUUGAAGCAUGUGGUAAAACUGCCACUAGUCAGCUCAGCAUUGCAGCAAGCCUUUGCCACCUACAUGGACGUGAAAGGUCACUAUCCACUGCUCGGGUUCAUGGGCAGCGUAGCCGAGCUGGGUAUCCGCAGUGCAUACAUGGCAGCCACGCAACAAGCAGCACCUCUGCUACAGAACCUAAAACCAGAGAUAGAGGCUGUGAACAAUUUUGCUCUGGUGGGUUUGGAGCAACUGGAAAAGUUUUUCCCUAUCCUCCAACAGCCCACAGAUGAGGUGGUUGCUAAUCUGAAGAAUGCUUUCUUCUCGCGGAUGGAUCAUGCGCAAUCUCGUAUGAACGAUGAGUUGGACAGAGUUGUAGACACAUGGGACAAAAUGUUGGAGCUCAGUUUGCGCCUCCUGGAGGCAGCUCAAAAAACAGCAACUGGGCGAGUUAUCGCCGCUGGCCUGGACGAGCUCAUCACUCAAUCAGAGGAGGCAGUUGCUUACUACCUACCCCUGCCACCCACAAUGCGUCAUGAGUGGGAGAGAAGAGUGCAGAGUUAUGAAGAUGAGGAGGAUAGUGAUGAUGAAGAAGAAGAGCCUCGGAUGUGGACACGUAUCCGCAGUCUGCUGUUGUGUGUGUAUCUGCAGCUGUACCACAAAUUGAUGAAGCUGAGAGAAAGAGUGGACAGCGUAUUGCAGACAUUGGGGGCAGCUGCUGAGACGGUGGGUCUCAUGCGGCUGAUGGAGAUGGUAACAUCUCUGCUGCAGCUGCUUCUGACAUUUUACAUAUCUCAAGUGCAUCGCAUAGAGGAACUAAGAUCUCUGCUCAUGGCUCAACUCGCCUCGGGUAUACAGGCACUGAAGGGUCUGCCUCCUGUACAGCAGAUGCUGGAUCUACCUGCUCAGGUACGCAAUAUCAUGAGUGACCUGCUGGAACUGGGACAGAUUCUCAUACAGCUGCUCAUCAACACUACCCCACUCUAUGACCUGGUGAAACAGGUGUCUGAUCUGGAUGCAAUCAAUAACCCAACAUCAGAUGAACUUCCUGAAAGUCCAUCCAACCGGGUCUCUGCAAACAGCCUCUUCCUCAAGGCCAUGGAUGGUCGUUUACAUCGCCGCAGGAGCCUUUACACCCGUUCUCGACGUGGGUCUGCCAGCGGCCCUCCAGUCAGCCCAGCUCUCUCUCCAACUCCAACCACAGUCCCAAAUGGCCGUAAGGGCAGUUUAAAGAUAGAUGCCCAGAUCUCAGACCCUCCAGAACUUGACACACUGGCUGUGCCCACUACUGAUAUGAUCCGCCGCCGUUCCUCAACCGCUGAGGUUCUGCUGGCACCUAUCAUGCAGUUAGUAUCACAGAGCCAACGAGCAUUUGAGUUUUUGAGCACUGUCUCUUCAUCUGAAGACCAGGUCAUUCCAGUGAAGGAAACCACAGAGCAAUAGGUU